UGUGAGGCUGGUAUAAAGAUCUGAAGCAGGGGCCAGGUGGGGAGGUGAGGAUGCUUGGGGAGGCAUCUGAGAAGUGAGACCAGCACAGACUGAGGGUGGUACCAGCGUUGAAGGGUGUCCAGGGAGGCACCCCACAGCGAGUCCCUCGGUUCAGGCAGGAGUGCCCCCCCACAUGGGGGAAGCCUCUCCCUGCUGGUGGCUGGAGCCAUGCUGUCCCGAAAGGGCAUCAUUCCCGAGGAGUAUGUGCUAACGCGGCUGGCAGAGGACCCUGCCGAACCCCGGUAUCGCGCCCGCGAGCGGAGGGCCCGCUUUGUGUCCAAGAACGGGAACUGCAACGUUGCGCACAAGAACAUCCGCGAGCAGGGCCGCUUCCUGCAGGACGUGUUCACCACGCUGGUGGACCUCAAGUGGCCUCACACGCUGCUCAUCUUCACCAUGUCCUUCCUGUGCAGCUGGCUGCUCUUCGCCAUGGUCUGGUGGCUCAUCGCCUUCGCCCACGGAGACCUGGCCUCCCAUGAGAGCACGGAGGUGGCCUGCGUCACCAACAUCCACUCUUUUUCAUCUGCCUUCCUUUUCUCCAUUGAGGUCCAGGUGACUAUUGGUUUUGGGGGGCGCAUGGUGACUGAGGAGUGUCCGCUGGCCAUCCUCAUCCUCAUUGUGCAGAACAUCGUGGGACUCAUGAUCAAUGCCAUCAUGCUGGGCUGCAUCUUCAUGAAGACUGCGCAGGCCCACCGGCGGGCAGAGACCCUCAUCUUCAGCAAGCACGCAGUCAUCGCCUUGCGCCAAGGCCGCCUCUGCUUUAUGCUCCGGGUGGGAGACCUCCGCAAAAGCAUGAUCAUCAGCGCCACCAUCCACAUGCAGGUGGUGCGCAAGACCACCAGCCCUGAGGGCGAGGUGGUGCCCCUCCACCAGGUGGACAUCCCCAUGGAGAAUGGCGUGGGUGGCAACAGCAUCUUCCUGGUGGCACCCCUGAUCAUCUACCACGUUAUUGACUCCAACAGCCCGCUCUACGACCUGGCACCCAGCGACCUGCACCAUCAUCAGGAUCUGGAGAUCAUCGUCAUCCUGGAAGGCGUGGUGGAAACCACGGGCAUCACCACCCAAGCCCGCACCUCCUACCUGGCGGAUGAGAUCCUGUGGGGCCAGCGCUUUGUACCCAUUGUGGCCGAGGAGGAUGGCCGCUACUCGGUGGACUACUCCAAGUUUGGCAACACCGUCAAAGUGCCCACACCACUCUGCACCGCCCGCCAACUUGAUGAGGACCGCAGCCUGCUGGAUGCCCUGACCCUGGCUUCGGCCCGUGGGCCCCUGCGCAAGCGCAGCGUGGCUGUAGCCAAAGCCAGGCCCAAGUUUAGCAUCUCUCCAGACUCCCUAUCCUGAGCCACAGCCCCUUACCCCCGUCCUCUGCAUGUAUGCACACAGUCAGUGUGGCAUGGUAUGUAGAGUGGACCUGCUGUGGGCCCCUUAGCCAGGCCAGGCCCUGGUGUGAGGCUGGGCCUCCUCAGCUCAGUCUCCCCCACUACUGCUCACCCAGGGUGUUACAAGGCACUUGUCACUACGCUAUUUCUGGCCUCAACAGGAGCCUGUUCUGGGUUAUUUUUGUCCCUGCUCCUCCCAGCCCUAGCAAAACUAGCUCAUCCCUCUCCUGCUGUCCCAGGCUAGAGGAAGUUGUCCAGCUCUAAAGCUGGGUCUUCAGCUAGUCCUGGGCCUCUGUGCUCAACUGGCCAUGGCUGGGCAGGUGACUGGGGAAGAACAGUCCCCACAUUGAUGGCUUGCUGCUAUGUUUCUGUGGCCUGAAGAGAUGCCUAUGGUCAGCCCCUGACCACCUCAGUCUCUGAAAAAGUGAUGGGCUAAAUGGUUGUCCAGCCAGCUGGGGAGGGCCGUCAGUGAGGGCGCACAUUUCAGCUGGAAAAUUGAAAGUGUGGCACCUACAAAGACAGGAGCAAGCUGAGGCUGGCAGGGCUACCCUCUGAAGGGCAGACUCAGGCCAUGAGGAAAUGGUGUGAGGAGACUUGGCUUGGCUGAGCAUUGCUCAACCACAGGAAAGAGGGGAUGGGCCCUGUGUCAGGCCCCUGACACUUACCCCAAUGCCAAGGCUUCUAUGGUGAGGGCUCUGUGGGCUGCGGCUGCCGUGACUGCCUCUUCCAUGCUGUCCACUGCCCUGGGAGGCUGGGGCAGGCACUGGCAUGCCAAGCAGAAAGAGGCCGAGGAGAGGGCAUCCUGGGCCCAUCACACCUCCUCACCAGUGGCUGCCACUCACUUUGUCCAGAGGGUAGCCAUGGAGGGUCAUUGGGUUGCUAGAAAGGAUGUUGGAAAACUCAGGUGGGGGUGACUGAGGUUCCUGAGCUAGAGGCCCUUCGCCCUGAUGGACGACUCCAGGCCUGGACUCUUAGAGCAGUGCUAUGUGUACUUGCCCAGAAUUCUGCCUUCUCUGUUGUCAAUAAAGCCCCUUCGUGACCUAAACUCUGGGCUGUUCUUCCUGGGGGAGGCAGGGAGGGCGCUGGUGGACAGAGAGCAGGGAUGCAAAGGUGCCCUAGACCCUAGCAGAGGGGCCAGGAAAGGAACCUGGGGUUGGUCCUCUUCCCCCAAUACAGGAAGAAUUUCCCCUUCUGUGUCAGGUAGCCCAGCCCUGCCAGUCUCUCUGGCUGUCUCACUCUUUGGACACCCACCAGGCUUACCUUCAUUCCCAGGGAUCUGCUGGAAGGCUGGGAUGCUGAGGGCGAGAGAUGGGGAAGCCCUGUGCAUAUGUGUAUUGGCAGCAUGUAAGCUCUCAAGCCACCUGUCUGAGUUCAAAUCCUGGCUGUAGCUCUAAGGUCUUGGUUAAGUAACAACCUCUCUGUGCCUCAGUUGCCUCAUCUAUAAAAUGGGGAUACUCAUAGUACCUACCUCAUAAAGUUGUUGUGGGAGUACCUGAAAAACAUGUAAAAUGCUUAAGUGCCUGGUACAUAAUAAGUGUUCAAUAAAUAUUAACUAUUGUG